UGUGUUUGGCUGGUGGGCAAGGGCGGCAGCCACUGGGAGGAUCGCAUUGACUAAUGGCAGGGGGACGAUGCCCACUCAGGGUCUCCCCUCCCUGAUGAUCAAAUAAAGGAUGCCUGUGAGUGGGGACCCGCCGUGGAGAACAGGGUCCGUUAGCGCCGCUUCUUUGUCUCAUCAGAUUCAAUCCCAACAACACCAUCACAAUACGAUGUGGGUGGGUUGCUUCCAGCCAUCCUGGCACUCGGGGCUCCCGGAUACUCGCAUCAGACCAAGCAGGCCUGGCGGUGCUGGUGUUCUAUUUUUACGGCGGCAACCCUACACAGGGCGACAUGGCAGCUCAGUCCAGUCUGGUCCAGUGACAGUCAGCAACUCAACUCACUCACUCACCCACUCACACCCCGGCAUACUUAGUCGCGGGAAGCAUGGCCCGGGGGGUUCCGUGGGAAGCGCAUAUUGGGGAAGCGGGUCCACCGCGACCCUGGGUAAGCAGCAUGUACCGGUAGGUACUGUACCUCAAGCAACGGAUCAUAUUAAUAGCAAACGAGAACCGAACCCGAACCCGACCCCGAACCCUGGACGAGCAACUGUAUCCCACUUGGCGGUGACUUUUCCGGCGAAUUCUUCCAGCAGUAGGGACGGACACUCCUUUCUUAUACCCUAGGGAUGAAGAAAGGAUAUGACACGUAGCGAGCUUCCCCCGGACAAUGGGGAGACGCGAGGAGACUGCUGCCCCUCUGGGCCAUGGGGUGUCACCAUGUCUCACUUGAAUUGG